GUUGGCCUGCACAUUGAGCCAGCACAUCCACAUAAGUUGCCUUUUGACAGAGCUGUGGCCAUGGCUGCAUAGUAGGACCAGUGUCCAGGACCGUGAGGCCAGAAUGAGUGAAGAAGCAUGUAGAACCCGCAGUCAGAAGCGAGCCCUUGACCCUGACCUAACGGAGGAUGAUGUGGACAGCAAGAAAAUGAAAAUGGAGAGAGGACCAUCGGAGCUAACUGUGGAUGGAGACACCAGGGUUAUGCCUGAGCCGUGUACAGGCCCAGCCCAUGGGUUGCUGAGGACAACAGAGACCACAGCCACAGGAUCAGGCGAAGGGCUGUUAGGAGAUGGGCCUGUGGACAUGCGCACUUCACACAGUGACAUAAAGUCCGAGAAGAGACCUCCUUCACCUGAUGUGAUCGUGCUCUCUGACAGUGAGCAGCCAUCAAGCCCAAGGAUGAAUGGGCUGACCACAGCAGCCUUGAAGGACACCAGCACUGAGGCGCUACUGAAAAGCAGCCCAGAAGAGCGAGAGCGGAUGAUCAAGCAGCUGAAGGAGGAGUUGAGGCUAGAGGAAGCUAAGCUGGUCCUGUUGAAGAAGCUACGGCAGAGUCAAAUACAAAAGGAAGCCAUAGUGCAGAAGCCUGCAGCUUCCUCAGGGAGCACCGUGACCACCCCUCCCCCUCUAGUGCGGGGUAACCAGAACAUUCCUGCUGGCAAGACAUCACUUCAGACCUCCUCUGCUCGAAUGCCGGGCAGCAUCAUCCCUCCGCCACUGGUCCGAGGUGGGCAGCAGGUGUCUGCCAAGCUGGGACCACAGGCCAGUUCCCAAGUAGUCAUGCCACCACUUGUCAGAGGGGCCCAGAUUCACAACAUCAGACAGCAUUCCUCCACGGGGCCACCACCUCUCCUCCUAGCCCCCCGUGCCUCAGUGCCCAGCAUGCAAAUUCAGGGACAGAGGAUCAUCCAGCAGGGACUCAUCCGUGUCGCCAAUGUCCCCAAUACCAGUCUGCUUGUUAACAUCCCUCAGCCCACUGCAGCCUCACUGAAGGGGACAACAGUUGCCUCUGCUCAGGCCAGCUCCACCCCCACCAGUGUGGCCUCUGUGGUUGCAUCUGCUGAGUCUCCAGCUAGUCGACAGGCUGCUGCCAAGCUAGCACUGCGAAAGCAACUGGAGAAGACUCUGCUCGAGAUCCCACCUCCCAAGCCUCCUGCUCCAGAGAUGAACUUCUUGCCCAGUGCUGCCAACAAUGAGUUCAUCUACCUAGUCGGCCUGGAAGAGGUGGUGCAGAACCUGCUGGAGACACAAGCAGGCAGGAUCUCUGCCAGCACAGCUGCUGCUGUGUUAUCCCGGGAGCCUUAUAUGUGUGUUCAGUGCAAGACGGACUUCACAUGCCGCUGGCGGGAGAAGGGCGGAGUUGUCAUGUGUGAGAACUGCAUGACGUCCAACCAAAAGAAGGCCCUCAAGGUGGAACAUACCAGUCGGCUGAAGGCUGCCUUUGUGAAGGCGCUGCAGCAGGAGCAGGAGAUGGAGCGGGGGGAGCCUGCAGCCCCACAUACCACGCUGAAGCAGGUCAUAAAGCCCCGACGUAAGUUGGCGUUCCGCUCAGGAGAGGCCCGUGAUUGGAGUAACGGGGCUGUGCUACAGGCUUCCAGUCAGCUGUCCCGGGGCUCAGCCACAACACCUCGUGGUGUUCUGCACACAUUCAGCCAGUCACCCAAACUGCAGAAUGCAGCCUCAGCUACGGCCCUGGUAAGCAGGACUGCCAGACAUUCCGAGAGAGCUGUGAGCACCAGCAAGGGCACCACUUCCAACUGGAAAAAGACGACCCUGAGCACAGGUGGCACCCUUGCCUUCGUCAGCCCAAGCUUGGCAGUGCAUAAGACUUCCUCAGCUGUGGACCGUCAGCGAGAAUACCUCCUGGACAUGAUCCCUCCACGCUCCAUCCCCCAGUCAGCCACGUGGAAAUAGUGUGAGCCCGGCCCAGCUGAGGACAGGCCCUCUGCUCUCCCGAGGCCCCUGGCCUAGGACACACAGACCACCCUCCUAACCAGUUGCCUGAGACAGCUCAGGCCUUGGCUAUUUAGCCCUGCGGUGUUCAGAAGAGGGUGCCACCCUGGUACCCGGGAUCAGAACCAGGGACCCUCCCCGAGGGCCUUCUCCUUCCUUUUUGCCUUUAGUUUGCCCGACACCAGCAGAAACUCGGACCUUGGGGCCAGCUCUGCCUGGCCAGCAUGGGUAGGAGCUCACCCUGGACACUGUGACAUGCCCAGGCCAGGCUGGCACCCGGAGCUCCCAAAGUUGAGCCAGGGUUUUGUUUUCUUUUGGCUUUUCCCGUCUUAGCUCCCCAGUCUCUGCCUCCUCAUGGCCAUCUAUAGGUUGAAGUUUGGGUUUUUGUUUUUUCUUUUUUAAUCACCUCACAAUGAUGAUGGAAUUAAAAGUGAACUGUGUAGACCCAGGGUCCCUGUUGUGCACAGUGUCAUCCUGGCAGGCCCUGGUCCCAGAGAAUGCUCUGAGUGGCAGUACCCAGGGAUGACAGGGGCCACCACGGCUCCAGUUGUGUCUGUUGCUGCAGCCCCUGGCUUCCACGGUUAUCAGAAUGAACCGCAGCCCCAGACUCUGCCAGACACUUGGAAGUUCCAAGGGAAUGCUGGGCCUACUGUGCUGGAACCAGAGCUGGCUGCUAGCAGGGAGGGUACUGGGUUAUUUUUUGUGGUUUAUUUUAUUAAAAUUUCUUUCCUUUUCCUCUUCAUUUUGAUGGACACAAGCUCAAGGUACCCAAGAGGCACCCAGGUAGGCCCAUACAGAACCCUACAGGGGCCUGGGGCCGGCAGGGUUUACUUCCAUCGACUUCUCAGUCCACAGGGAUGUCUUUGAAAGGGCCAGGUCUACUUUAGUUUUAUUUUGUCCCUCCCACUAAGAAAUUGGUUUCAUGGUGAAAGGCAGAAGCAGCACUGUGUGUCAAGCCUGCCCAGAGCAGCCUACUGCUCAUCUGUAGUGACUGGUUGCUGUCGGAUCCCGACCAGCCCUGGCUUCCCUCGACACAAUACAGUUAGGGACUUUAAUUUAAACCCUUGUUCUGCAGACACACCCUCUGCAGACAUGCCCCUGCCUCCUCCUAAUAAAGGCUCAUUUAACCCCGUGCUCACUUGUGUGCAAAUCCUCCAUCUCUAGGAAUUAUUUGGGCAUAUGGGAGUUCAAGUUUUGGAAAAUCUUUUUGUUGUGUGAAACCCAAGUUUCUCAGUGCUUUUAGGUUUGAGUGUGUCACUUCCCUGGGUGGAUUUGGGGGAAUGAAAAGAAAUCGACCCUUUUUGGGGGAGAGGGGGUGUUUUUACACCAAUAAAUGUAUAUGUAAAUAUUUCAAUAUA